AUGUCGGCUCCUCAGAGUGUGCAGUGCUUCGGCAAGAAAAAGACUGCAACCGCAGUCGCACAUUGCAAGAAAGGCAAAGGCCUCAUCAAAGUCAACGGCCGACCUCUCGCUCUCGUCCAACCUGAAAUCCUCCGCUUCAAGGUCUACGAACCCCUCCUAAUUGUCGGCCUGGAUAAGUUCGCCGACGUCGAUAUUCGUGUCCGAGUCAGCGGUGGUGGUCACACGUCUCAAGUCUACGCGAUCCGACAGGCAAUUGCCAAAUCCAUUGUCGCUUACUACCAGAAAUAUGUCGACGAAUACACCAAGAACCAAUUGAAGCAGGCCCUCGUGCAAUACGACAGAACACUACUGGUUGCGGACAACAGACGAUGUGAACCCAAGAAGUUCGGAGGUCCGGGUGCCAGAGCGAGAUACCAGAAAUCAUACCGUUAA